AUGGCUUCUUUUGUCAAACACUCGCCAGCAAUUUCAUGCCUCACCUUCCUCUUAGCCAUUACUGGAACUUCGCCAGCGCAAAGCAUCCACCAGGACUUCGUCCAUGCGCACAAAGCAGCCCGCAGCCACGUCGGGGUCGUCCCGCACGUGUGGUACGACACCGUCAUGGCCUACGCCCAAAUAUACGCCAGCAAGCACGCCGACAGCGGCUAUGAGCUGGAGCACUCGAUGGGCCCGUACGGCGAGCUGAGUGGCGAAGAUGCUGUGAAGAUGUGGGUGGGCGAGAGUGCGAACUACGACCAUCGCUCCAACGCUUGCAUCGGCGGCAUGUGCUUGCAUUACAUGCAAGUCAUGUGGAGGAGCUCGAUUCAUCUUGGGUAUGCUAGGGUUAAUUAGAGUAAUGGGUGGUGGUUCGUGACUUGUAACUAUGAUCCUCUGAGGAAUUACGUAGGUAGGUGAACGUCCUUAUUAAUUUACAAAUAAUGAGCCCAUUUUUCAUUUGCAAUGGUGUCAUGAAGCUAACGUGUACUAGAGACACUUACUAGCUGUAGCAAGCUAGGAGUUCUCCAAGUUGAAUUCGAAUAUAAAAACGAUGUUAUUACCAUUCUAGUG